GCAGAAAAUAAAUCAAGACUCGUAUUUUGCCAUGUAGGAAGCAUUCAAAUGAAGUUUCAGUUAUGCCAGGCAUAUCAAAAGGCCUACUCCCAAUUUGAACUGGUAAAUAGUACUCUCUAAUCCUAGCCUUUCAAAAUUUGCAGAGUGUGUAGCACACAAAUGGUCAGUUAAUUAGGCCGCUGACAUCAGCACAAGAAACCCGAUGACACGCUCAAUGGCCGACUAGAGGAAAAAGGCUUCUUCAAUUACUCGACUGACCACCAUAAUUAAUGUUAAUAAAUAAUAAAUUUACAUAUAAAAACGUCCCCAAAAGCAUGUGAGACGUAAGCUGAGACAUGUACAGAAGUGAAAGUCCGCAGCCGCAUACAAAUCUCCGUAAUUAAAGGACCCAGUGAUGCCAGGACAUUGAUAACAUGCAAAAAGCGAGAGCAAAACGGAAGCGUUUAAUUAACUUGUUUUGUUCCGUCUGCCCCGUUGGCUCGGUUCAUAUGGUAUGCCAUGCGUAUAGGGCAAUUAGAGAGUGGCCAGAAAAAUCGAAAGGGAAAUUGAAAGUGUGCGUAUCAUAAAUUGCUGACCCACCACCGACCGAAAUCAGAUACGUCCAAACCCAAAAUUGCAUUAUACAAGGCCUACGAGCCACAAGAAACUUUGGCUCGUAAGAAAAGUUCAAGCUACAGAUUGAACCGCAUGCUCAAAAGUGGAAAUGCAACAGAGACUUGCAUUUAUCGAAUUGUUUCAAACCUUCUUGACAACUAUUUCUGGGCUUCAAACUUUUUCAAUUACACGACAAACUGUUCAGUUCAAGACUUUAAGUAUUCAUUGCAAUAGAUUUUGAAAGUCUCCUCAGCCGUGAAGAAAAGAAAGCCUGGCAGCCGAUUAAUUAGCUUUCAUUGCCCGCCCAAUUGAGCUUGUAAAUAUUUCAUUAAUCGCCGGAAAAGCCUGCAAAAGCGAGGCAUUAUUAAGAGUUCUUCUCUUGAUGGAUGGCUUGACCUUUUCGAUGGAGAAGUGCCGAGAAAGGCUGGACAGCCACUCAUAGUGCUCACCUACUCCCUAGUUGGCCAACUUUUAAUUUGCUCACAUUCUCAUUUGCGAGAACAAAGUCACUACACAACAAAAGAUGCCAAUUUAAUCUAGUCCCUGCUGGCCACAUGGGACACUUGCUCGUAAAACCACUCUGGACAGGACUCGGGACGCAGGAUGGGAACAAGGAGGGCGUCCUGUGCGCAGGAAAUGACUUCAGUGCCGGACUUGCUGAGUGUGUGGGUAAGAUGUUGGCACCAGCAGGUAACUUCCGGCAUAGUCAAAUUGAAAAUGGCUGUGCCAGACCACAAUCCCCAUUUUCUCCCUCCCGGGGGACCCUGCCAGCUGCUCCACUUUGCUGUGGCCAUAGUGUAAAGUUGUCUGCACUCGCAAAGUGUGACAAAUUAAAUUAAAGCCAAAAGUCCACUCGAGGUAGCUCGCAGUAAUUGCUUAAUGCCCUCUCCCAAUUAAACUCCAGAAAGAGUUUGUGCUCUCAGCCGAGGAGAGGGAAGCAUUGGAAACGCACUGGGAUAUGGGGUCACGGAGGUGGCUCUACUCCUUCGAACACGUGAGUUCUUGAACUGCGACCAGCACUUGACUUAUGACAUUAGAGCGCAGACACAAAUCUUUAUGAGCCGCGCUCUCCUGCCAGGACGUAAGUAAGAAAAACUACAGUUUCCACUUAGCGACGGUCCAAGUCCAGCCACACACUCUCACAUAUCCUGCGAGGAUACACUGUGAAUGGCAGUUGCGAGUGGACAGUGACAAAAACGGCAAACACUUUGCACUGAGAAAAUGCGAAAGAAAGCCAUACAUCAGUAUUUACAGAUGUAGUUGCCUAUAUGUCUUACAUUUAUAAUGACAAAUAUUAGGAAAAUAACCCUUUGACUUGGGUGUCUUAUAGAGGGAUUACUGCAAAAAGAGCCCUUUCGUUUUUAGCAGUGCACACUUCAGGCCAGUUAAGCAGCCAGACUGACGCAUUGUUGUGGUCAUAAGUCAGAGUGUGGACAAAAAACCUGUGCACUGAGUUGAAAAUCUUAAAGAUAAAUAAAGACCAGAGGACUUCUCAGAGUGGAAGCCUGAACUUUGACCCCAAAACCGGCAACCGCAAAAGGCGGCAAACAAACCAAAGACGACGAGAGAAAGUCGGCGAAAAGAUGAGCAGAACAGAACGAUUAUGACGCUGCCGGCGCCCAGCGAAGCGCGACUGAUGAAGCCCACUUAGAGGUGUCCCUGCUCCUUGUUCCUCCACCGCCCCGCCAGCUUCCCUUUGGCUUUUCCUGCUCAUUUUCCAUUUGCCUGCUCCUCUUCGCAUGGACAGUGGUCAGCAGUCCUUGGCAACAUUUGCCGUUGACAGAGUGCUGGAACACGAAGAUGGAAAGCGGAGAGUGAAAAAAGGAAAAAUAUGAUUGAUGUAUUCGACUACGGGAAUACCUGCUUUCCCUCAGAAACAUUCAAGCCUUAAGAGGUCCCAAUAUACCCUCUUAGUUAUCGGAUACCACGUAUAAAAAUCAAGGAGCAGCAGCUGUGUGAGUCAGUGGCCGUGGAGACGUGUGUUGGGCUACUUGGGGUCGUCUGGACAAACAUUACCCAUCGUCGGACACCACCGGACAUGACCAAAUGAAAAUGUGUAAGGCUGCCCCUGGCGAAGUCGUCGUCGUCGCCUCCGCCGCACAAUUAUUACUUCAACUUUUCAUUUGGGUCUCUCCACUCUGCGGGUUUUUCUGGAGUCUGGAGGUGCUGCAGGAAACCAGGAUGACCGGAUGGAAGGAUACUCCUGGCCACGGCUUGUAAUUUCGCUUCCUGCGUCUCAUUUUUCAUAUUUCAGCGCUUUGAGUGCCAUUUGGCAAACUGCAAAACUGGAAACGGCAAAAGGGACUGGCCAACAAGGGAGAAGGACUGGAAUGGGGGAGUGUGGGACAUGUUCUUGUGCCAACAGACAAACCUCAAAGUGGAAUCUGGAAGGGCGCUGCCAUCCAAAGACUGGGACCACCAUAACCAGGGUCACUUCUCUGUAGGAAGGUAUUUGUCAAUCGAAUCACUUUUUGCUAAGGUCGUUGUAAUAUUCCAG